ACUUGGGAAUUUUGAUAACCAAAAAUAAAUCGGAGAAUUAACAUUUCCAAGAAUAAAUACCAUUCAAUAAUUCACAUCAGGAAACGGAUGGUGUUUUUUUUCCCUCUGCAUUGUCAUAACCAAGCUGUCAUCAUGGCUACUGUUGCUGAUGCAGAAGUGGAAGUGCUGUCGCCCAAUGACAAGACGAUCAUUCGUAAACCGAGGCUGGUAACCGUGGAACCAGUGCUGUUCCUUCUAUUUUUCGUGCAGGCGGGCAUGAUCACGCUGCGCACCCAGUACACAGAGCACCGGUUGGCUCAGAGAUACAACUACACCCUGCCGGGGGAAAACGCAACGACGUGCCACAACACAAGUGCUAAAGACCCGAUGCAAGUCAAGAUUGAGACCGAGACUGCCACGUGGUCCAUGUACAUGGAAAGCAUGUCCACCCUUCCUCCCAUGGCCAGCGCACUCCUGUUGGGCACACUUAGCGAUUUCGUGGGUCGGCGGCCCAUGUUUAUCGUCGGUGCGGUCGGGCACGUGGUCGCCACAGCAGUGUGCUUUCUAGCGGCAUAUUUCAAUCUCCCCUUAUCUGUGCUGGUGGGUGCGGAAGCCUUUCUAGGGGUGUGCGGCGACACGGCCUUGCUAACGGCCAUGGGGUUUUCAUACAUCGCAGACAUCACAACAACUGAGCGUGCUCAGCAGGGGCGGAGCUUCCGAUUCGUCGUCAACGACCUCAUGACCCAUCUCGGCCUGGGAGCUGCUUUUAUAUCCAUUAACAUCGCCCUGCAACAAACUAAUAGCUACCCUUUAGUCUACGGCAUAAUCGUGGUUCCGGCCCUUCUUGCAUUCCUCUAUGUGACCCCACCGUGCAUUCUCCGAGAGUCUGUCCCAAGGCGUCCCGUCUCCUGCCGCAUCUUCAAGGAUCUUUUCCUCAGCAUUUUUCGCCUCUUCCAGCAGAACGUCAACGGCCGACGCUGGAAGCUUCUGUUGCUGCUACUCUGCCAGUUCCUCUACGACGUCGUCUACGAGUCGCUCUUUGACGUGGUCACGAUCUACGGCCUCGGGGUUCCGUUUUGUUGGGCCCACACCGUGGUUGGCACAUACGGCGUGAUCAACUCCAUAAGUCCAGCAAUUGGUUCGGUCUUUGGCAUCAAACUUUUCUCCCCAUACAUGUCGGAGUUAUCCAUUGUCAUGAUCGGUUUCAUUUCUGGUACACUCCUCAUGCUGUCGUCGGCGAUCGCGACCACCAAUGUCUUUCUUGUCUACGUUGCACCCGGCUUGGGUCUUCUGCGUGUCCUUCCUACCUCUGUCCUGAAGUCAAUCAUGUCCAAGACUGUCGACAAGGAAGAACAGGGUGCCCUGUUUGGUUGCGUGGCUGUGGUGGUCAGUAUAGCCCGCUCCGUGUCGCCGUUCUUCCUCAAUGAGCUGUACUCAGCCCUGGUCAAGAUCCACCGUCCUACCAUCACAUUCUACGUGGUCAUCGGCAUUCUGGUUAUUGCGAUAUUUCUUGUGAACCUUCUCAAGAGUUGGAACGGAUGGAAACCCAGGCCAGGCUAUUUGUCUCUACAGGGUCAGGACUCUUCAGCCCAGCCACAUUGAGGGCGAUUUCUUCAUCCCAAAAAAAUGAAUUGCAAAAAUAAAAUCUGGCCUUUUUUUUUCUUAACAGCAUUCCAUGUUUGCGGAAACUCUUUUGCAUCUUACCCUCCUACUGUUUGAAUAUUCAGAGAGGGUCAAAAAUUCCAUCCACUUUUCCUGCCAUGCCUUUCACACGGGCUAGUCACCAACAGUCGGGUCAUAUUACAAGCAAGCACUCUGAUGACUAGUCAGAUUCAGUCAACAGACAUAAAGCAGGCAAUUGGUAGGCACAGCUGGCUUAUCAAUCACCUGCAGCCAAGGCAAAGCUGUAUCCAGUUACAUAAACAAUCACAGCCAGUCAAUCCUGCCUUAUUCAGGCUGGGAGCUCUUAACUGUUGAAAACAGUCACUUGGUAGAUUUCGACUGAAAGGACAACUUGGCACAGAAUUGUGAGUUUGCAUAGGAGUGUUAGUCUGCUUAAAGAAUGUUUCAUCGGGUCUUAUUUAUUUCAUGCACAUAUUUUUUUUUUCGUUUAAUUUAAAGUGGGUGUAAGUACAACUAACUUAAAAUGUUAAUAUUGAAAGCAGCAUCUAAAGAAAAAAAAAUGACAUUGACAAAAGUAUUGUUUUCACAAUAAAAAUUUAUUUUUUUAUACUUUGGUACUAUACAAAUUAUUAUAAAGAAUAUUUUUGUCAAAAAAAAAAGCUUUUGAAUAUUUUUUCACGAAUUUAAAACCUUACAAGGCACAUAAAUGUAUUAGCAAAUUCCUAGAAAAGGGCAACAUUUGUGCAAUUUUAAUGGAAGCAGCACACAUUAUUAUUUUUGUGCAUUAUUUUCUUACAGUAAAAACUGUCGUGCAAAACACUUUUUUUUUUUCAAGUAUUACCACAAUAAAAUUAUGUCUGCCAUUAACAAACUGAAUACAAUUUUGGGAAAAGUAAAUUGAUAAAUCUUUCAAAUAUUUCGAAUAAAAUUUGUAUCUGUUAAUAUGCACCUUUAUGCAUUUAAAGUCUCAGGUUUGAACAAGACUAAAGAAAAAAGUUUCACUCGAAUUUCUACACCAUUGUAAAUAAAGUACUCAAAAUUGAUACAAAAAUCUUGAUAAAAUUUAUAAAAAUCUAAUAUAUACAAUAAUCACCAAAAAUUGGUUGAACUAACUUCCUAUCUCCAUUCAUAUCCGGGGCGACUUCUGAACAAUCAUUCACUUUGCCCGGAAGAAGCUCUGCAUUUGUCCCGGACAUGUUCCGGGGAAAUUUUCAUCAGCAACGGCUUGACUCAUCAAUACUGAUAACUUCACUGCGGGAAGAUUGCAGGGAAGUUGUUCAGAACCCUUCAACUUAUUCCCGAUACAAUGUCCGCAACAUGACCAAAACUUAUCCCAGACAUGAAUUGAGACGGGCCCAUUCUAAGAAAAUAAAUUGGGUUGAGAAAUACAACCCAAAGAUCAGAAGUAAUUUCUUUGACAUUCUUGAACAUAACUUUGGCAGUGCUUGGGCC